CCUUGUGCUGAAUCCCAAGCCAGUAGAGCACCUUCACUGAAAGGUUGAGGUUACCUUUACACUUUGGUGCAUACUGAAAAUUUUAACUUCUACUAUUUUUAAAGGAGCUACACAUUUAUAUCCUACAUCACACAUUUUGGUGUUGUAUCAUCGGUUUGCGGCGCUUAAACGUUUAUUGGGAUGUCUGGAUCAGAGAGAACUCCAGGACAGUGAAGCUGACAGAUGUGAUAAUGGACAUUUGUUGUUGAGAAGCAGAGCUUGUGUUCUUUAUUGUCAUCUUUCGCCAUGGGUCAGCGACUCAGUGAUGAUUCGGACGAUAAAGAGAUUGAUGUUGCUGAACUGCAAGAGUGGUAUAAAAAGUUUGUGGUUGAAUGUCCAAGCGGAACGCUCUUCAUGCACGAGUUCAAGAGCUUCUUCGGUGUAACUGGAAACCCAGAAGCGGCUGAUUAUAUAGAAAACAUGUUUCGUGCUUUUGAUAAAAACGGGGACAACACUAUUGAUUUUCUGGAAUACGUUGCAGCCUUGAAUCUAGUGCUGCGAGGAAAGUUGGAGCACAAACUGAAAUGGACCUUUAAAAUGUACGACAAGGAUGGAAGUGGCUGCAUCGACAAAACAGAGCUCAAGGAGAUUGUGGAGUCAAUCUACCGACUAAAGAAAGCCUGCCAUGGUGAACUCGAUGAAGAGUGUAACCUACUGACCCCAGAUCAGGUGGUGGACCGAAUAUUUGAGCUAGUGGAUGAGAAUGGAGAUGGGGAACUGUCUCUGGAUGAGUUCAUUGACGGGGCACGACGUGACAAGUGGGUCAUGAAGAUGCUGCAAAUGGACGUGAACCCCGGGGACUGGAUCAAUGAACAAAGACGCCGCAGCGCCAACUUUUGAACUCCAUAUUCACCAAAACAACCCUUAACAUAAACCUACCCCUUAACCAACAUAUAGAGAGCAUGCAUAGUUUCUCAACUACACUCUUAGUCUUGGUUCAUUCAAGUGAAUUUAAGCCAACAGUACUUUCUUCUUUUUUGACAAACAGAAUUUAUUCUAUCUGCGUGUAAAUAUUCAUGUUUUCUUUAUUGUUUCUUUCAUUCUUGUUGUUACGAUCUGUAGAAGGCUCACUUUUGUGACUGACUGGAUUUCUGACUUUCUAUUAUGAUUAUUCUGCAAAUGAGGUGCACUUGAGUUUUCUGUAUGUGGCAUAUUACUUAUAUAGCAUGAACAACAACGAUCAGUUUCAAAUUGGCAUAUCUGAUGUUUGUAAAUAUACCUGAAUAUUGUAAAGA